AUGGGGCGCCGGAAGAUGUCCGCGGCGGCACCGCCGUCUCGGAGCUGGUCCAACGUUGGCGGAAGCGUCAUCCCCGAACUUCGAGCGAAACACAAAAUGGACUUGGAGAAUUUGACUCUGACAAAACAGCCACUCAGAACAUUACAUUUUUUCCUGUUAGCCAUGUUACAAUACUUGAAACGAUUAGCGACAUAUAUCCUGAGUAAGGGUGGUUUCUUCUUUCUCCUAAUUGUUUUGUUGGUAGCUCCUGGAAUCUUACUCGCCGUUUCGGAUGGCCAGAAUAAGAAGCAUGUGCAGGAAUUUCUUAGUUAUGCUAAAUUUGUGUUGUGGUGGGCUUCAUUAGGUGUGGCCUCGUCAAUUGGACUAGGUUCUGGUUUGCAUACAUUUGUGCUGUAUCUGGGUCCUCAUAUUGCUCUGUUCACUAUUAAGGCUGUCCAAUGUGGUCGAAUUGAUCUGAAAAUGGCUCCAUAUGAUACCAUACAGCUAAAGGUUGGGCCAUCAUGGCUUGACAAGAAAUGUUCAGAAUUUGGACCACCUGUGUAUCCAGCAUCAGCUCAUUCAGUUAGGAUCCCAGUCUUCGACUUACUACCUCAGAUACAGCUGGAAGCAGUUCUUUGGGGAAUUGGGACUGCGCUUGGCGAGCUCCCCCCUUAUUUUAUAUCACGAGCAGCUCGCUUAUCAGGUAGCGAGUCAAAAGCUGUUAAGGAGCUUGAUGCCGCUACUUCCAAAGAAGAUGGGCCAGUAGCAUCCACUCUUAAUCGAACCAAGCGUUGGCUUCUCUCUCACUCUCAACAUCUCAAUUUCUUCUCUAUCUUGAUACUUGCUUCGGUUCCGAAUCCACUCUUUGACCUUGCUGGUAUUAUGUGUGGGCAAUUUGGUGUGCCUUUCUGGGAGUUCUUUUUUGCUACUUUGAUUGGGAAAGCCAUCAUCAAGACUCAUAUUCAGACACUAUUUAUCGUGUCACUGUGCAACAAUCAGCUCUUGUAUCUUAUUGAAAAGGAGUUAAUCUGGAUAUUUGGUCACAUUCCUGGGUUUUCUGCCACCCUUCCAUCUCUGAUUGCCAAACUCCAUUCUGCCAAGGACAAAUAUCUAUCACCACCAGCCCCAGUCUCACCGUCCUCACAAAUGGAGGAGAAACAGUGGAAUUUCUCUUUUACAUUUGUCUGGAACUCUAUAGUGUGGCUUGUGCUUCUGAACUUCUUCAUUAAGAUAAUCACGUCAACAGCACAGGAUUAUCUCAAAAAGCAACAGGAUAUGGAGAUGGAACUUAUUUCCGAUUCCCCACUCCUGGACCAUUCUAAAACUAACUAG